GCUCGAUCCAACCCACCAUCAUGUUCAUACUCAAACGAGUCGAUGUGGCUGUUACAGCUCUCUCCCUCGUUCUUUUCUUCUCUUUAUAUUUGCUCAAGCGUCGAUCUACUCUCAGGAUUCUCAGAGGUCCAGCUGCUUCAUCAUAUCUGUUAGGGCUUGAACACGAUUUACGAGUGAAAGGCCUUGUCUCCAUUUUGUCCCAGUGGUCAAAGGAUUACGGGACAGCUUAUAGAUUUCCAGGUUGCUUUGGGAAAAACUUCCUCGUGAUUUCAGAUCCACGUGCCAUACAUCGUGUUCUGCAAGAAUCGGACGACUAUCCUGAAGCUGCGGACAUCAAAAGACUAUUCGAGAUGAUUUUUGGGCGAGGUGUGCUUUGGGCAACAGGUGAAGAUCACAAACGACACCGAAGGGUUCUAAGUCCAGCUUUCUCAAUCAAUCAUAUGCGACAGUUCCUCCCCUUAUUCCAGGGUCAUCUUAACCACCUCGCGGAGAAGUGGAACAACGCUUUACAAGGCAGGAGUCAAACCAUCAACAUUAUACCUUGGUUCCAUAAAGUCACCCUCGAUAUCAUCGGUGAAAGCGCGUUCAAUUAUCAUUUUGGUGCAAUCGAGAAUAAGCCAAACGAACUCACAAAGACUCUCUAUGAUCUCGAAAACCUCGGACUAGACCAGUCUCCAGGCAUGACAUUAGCCGUAGCCUUACCGCGAUACAUCCCGGAUGCCGUCGCAACCUGGCAAGCGAAAAACUUCCCAGUAUACUUCGACCGGAUCGCCAAGCGGUACUUGGAAGUGUCUAACCAGAAGGCGAGAGAGGUUAUGAAGGAAGCCGGGUUGGACUUGAGUGGAGGUGGCGAAACUGAUGAGGAGGUGCCGAUUGGGACAGGAACGGAAAGGGACGUUUUGAGUAUCCUUGUUCGUGCAAACAGGGCAGAAGAUCCCAGAAAGCGGUUGAGUGAGGGUGAGAUGUUGGCUCAGAUGUCUACUCUCAUCCAAGCGGGUCACCAUACCACUGGUUAUACUCUUUCAUGGAUCCUUUACGAAAUCGCCGCUCAUCCGGAAGAUCAAGCGAAGGUUUACGAAGAGAUCAAACAUAUCCGCGAGACGAAUUCCGGGGGUCUUACCAGUUCAGAUUACGAUUCGAUGAGUCAUUUAAAUUUGGUUCUCAAGGAAGCCCUCCGUCUUCAUCCCGUUCUACCUACGCUGGAAAGGGAAGCAAUGAAGAACGAUGUCCUCCUUCUGGACUUUCCUGUUGUAUCUAGAAACGGAAAAACGGUUGAUGCGAUACCGGUCAGGAAAGGGCAGCGGAUCAAGGUGGAUAUAUCGAGUUAUAAUAGGUUGGAGAGUGUAUGGGGAGAAGACGCAAGCUCGUGGAACCCAAAACGAUUCGAGACGUCAGAAUCGGAAGGCAAGACUCAGACUCAAGUUGGCAUGUUUGCUAACAUCUUGACAUUCAGUGGUGGGCCUAAGGGAUGCCUUGGUUGGCGAUUCGCCGUGAUGGAAAUGCAAGCCAUCAUGACCGGUUUGCUCGAACGAUACGAGUUCUCAAUUCCUCCGGACGUGGAGAUCGAAGCAGGAAAUCCUGGUUUGGUUGUUCCGACCGUUAAGGGGAAGGAAACGGAAGGCACGCAGCUUCCGUUGAAGGUGACUCCAAGGGCUUCGGCGUGAGUGGUUGUAGGGAUUUUGCGAUACAGUGAAUGUAAGGAAUGAUCGCUCGUACUAUGUUUAUCCAUAAAAGGCCAUCUAUUGAAAAAAAGUAUACGGACGGUACAAUCUCAACAGCUGUCGUGGCCCCACCGCUACCC